AGAAAUCUUGAAUACCUCCAGAGACCAGUUGAGCAAACACAUCACCUAGAAAACGCACAGAGUACCAGGAAGUGAAUUGUUGACAUCCACGUGUUAACCUGAGUGGACUUUUAUUUACCUUUUAAACUUAUAAAUAUUUACAAUGAACGGGCACAGUGAUGAAGAAAGCGUAAGAAACAGUAGUGGAGAGUCAAGCCGAUCGGAUGAUGAUUCUGGGUCAGCAUCGGGUUCUGGAUCUGGUUCAAGCUCUGGAAGCAGCAGUAAUGGAAGCAGCAGCCAGUCAGGUAGCAGCGACUCUGACUCUGGAUCAGAGUCAGGCAGUCAAUCGGAAUCCCAAUCUGACACGUCGAGAGAGAAGAAACAAGUUCAAGCUAAGCCACCAAAAGUUGAUGGAUCUGAGUUUCGGAAGUCCAGUCCAAGCAUACUUGCCGUGCAGAGAUCAGCAGUACUCAAGAAGCAACAGCAACAAAAGACAAUUUCAUCAGACAGUGGUUCAGAAGAGGACUCGCCUAGUAGCGAAGAUUCUGCAGAUGACUCAUCCAGUGAGAUCAAGAAGAAAAAACAUAAAGAUGAAGACUGGCAAAUGUCUGGAUCGGGGUCAGUAUCACGAACUGGCUCCGAUUCUGAAUCAGAGGAAGAUGGGGAGAAAAGCAGUUGUGAAGAAAGUGAAUCUGACUAUGAGCCAAAAAACAAAGUCAAAAGCCGGAAACCUCCAAGCAGAAUUAAGCCAAAAAGCGGCAAAAAGAGUGCAGGGCAGAGAAAGAGACACCUUGAUUCAUCAGAUGAUGAUGACGACGAGGAUGAUUAUGAUAAGAGAGGGUCUCGUCGCCAGGCAACAGUCAAUGUUAGUUACAAAGAAGCUGAAGAAACUAAGACAGAUUCUGAUGAUCUGCUGGAAGUCUGUGGAGAAGAUGUCCCACAACCUGAAGAAGAUGAAUUUGAAACUAUAGAAAAGUUCAUGGAUAGUCGAUUUGGCCGAAAAGGAGCCACUGGUGCUGCAACCACCAUCUAUGCAGUUGAGGCAGAUGGUGAUCCAAAUGGUGGGUUUGAAAAAUCUCAGGAGCCAGGCGAAGUACAAUAUCUUAUUAAAUGGAAAGGCUGGUCCCACAUCCAUAAUACGUGGGAAACUGAGGAAACCCUGAAGCAACAAAAUGUUAAAGGAAUGAAGAAGCUGGACAAUUAUAAGAAAAAGGAUCAGGAAACAAAACGAUGGCUGAAAAAUGCUUCUCCAGAAGACGUGGAAUAUUAUAACUGCCAGCAGGAACUUACAGAUGAUCUACAUAAACAAUAUCAAAUAGUGGAAAGAAUAAUUGCUCAUUCAAAUCAGAAAUCAGCAGCUGGUUAUCCAGAUUACUAUUGCAAAUGGCAGGGUCUGCCUUACUCAGAAUGUAGCUGGGAAGAUGGUGCUCUCAUUGGUAAAAAAUUUCAGGCAUGUAUUGAUGAGUAUUUUAGCAGAAAUCAAUCCAAGACCACUCCCUUUAAGGACUGCAAGGUUCUGAAACAGAGGCCAAGGUUUGUUGCACUAAAGAAGCAACCGUCUUAUAUUGGAGGGCAUGAGAAUUUAGAAUUAAGAGAUUAUCAAUUAAAUGGACUGAACUGGCUUGCUCACUCAUGGUGCAAAGGAAAUAGUUGUAUUCUUGCAGAUGAAAUGGGUCUAGGUAAAACAAUACAAACAAUUUCUUUUCUGAACUACCUGUUUCAUGAACAUCAACUGUAUGGACCUUUCUUGCUGGUUGUGCCUCUUUCUACCUUGACAUCUUGGCAAAGAGAGAUUCAGACUUGGGCUCCUCAGAUGAAUGCUGUAGUUUACUUAGGAGAUAUAACUAGCAGAAAUAUGAUAAGAACUCAUGAAUGGAUGCAUUCACAGACCAAGCGAUUAAAAUUUAAUAUACUUCUGACAACUUAUGAAAUCUUGCUGAAGGAUAAGUCGUUCCUUGGUGGUUUGAAUUGGGCAUUUAUAGGAGUGGAUGAAGCUCAUCGUCUAAAAAAUGGCGAUUCCCUUUUGUACAAGACUUUAAUAGACUUCAAGUCUAACCAUCGUCUUCUUAUUACUGGAACUCCUCUGCAAAACUCCCUCAAAGAGCUUUGGUCCUUGCUGCACUUCAUCAUGCCAGAAAAAUUUUCUUCCUGGGAAGACUUUGAAGAGGAGCAUGGCAAAGGGAGAGAGUUUGGUUAUGCAAGUCUCCACAGAGAACUUGAACCAUUUCUACUGAGAAGAGUUAAAAAAGAUGUAGAAAAGUCUUUACCUGCUAAGGUUGAACAAAUUUUGAGGAUGGAAAUGAGUGCAUUGCAGAAGCAAUAUUACAAGUGGAUUUUAACCAGGAAUUAUAAAGCCCUGAGUAAAGGUUCAAAAGGCAGUACAUCAGGCUUUUUGAACAUCAUGAUGGAACUCAAGAAGUGUUGUAACCAUUGCUACCUCAUUAAACCACCAGAUGAUAAUGAAUUCUAUAAUAAACAGGAGGCCUUACAGCAUUUAAUACGUAGCAGUGGGAAACUAAUCCUCCUUGACAAGCUACUGAUUCGUCUGCGAGAACGUGGCAACAGAGUUUUGAUUUUCUCUCAGAUGGUGAGGAUGCUGGACAUCCUAGCAGAGUAUUUGAAGUAUCGCCAGUUUCCCUUUCAAAGACUUGAUGGAUCGAUAAAAGGGGAAUUGAGGAAACAAGCACUGGAUCAUUUUAAUGCAGAAGGAUCAGAGGACUUCUGCUUUUUACUGUCUACCAGAGCUGGAGGAUUAGGUAUAAACUUGGCAUCUGCUGACACUGUGGUUAUAUUUGAUUCUGACUGGAAUCCACAGAACGAUCUGCAAGCGCAGGCCAGAGCCCAUAGGAUUGGGCAGAAGAAACAGGUUAAUAUUUAUCGGCUAGUCACAAAAGGAUCAGUAGAAGAAGAUAUUCUUGAAAGAGCCAAGAAGAAGAUGGUGUUAGAUCACUUAGUAAUUCAGAGAAUGGACACUACAGGGAAAACUGUGCUACAUACAGGGUCUACUCCUUCAAGCUCAACACCCUUUAAUAAGGAAGAGUUAUCAGCAAUUUUGAAGUUUGGUGCUGAGGAACUUUUUAAAGAACCUGAAGGGGAAGAGCAAGAGCCCCAGGAAAUGGAUAUAGAUGAGAUCUUGAAGAGGGCUGAAACACGGGAAAAUGAGCCAGGCCCAUUAACUGUAGGAGAUGAGCUGCUUUCACAGUUCAAGGUGGCCAAUUUUUCCAAUAUGGAUGAAGAUGACAUAGAAUUAGAACCAGAGCGAAAUCUAAGAAAUUGGGAAGAAAUCAUUCCAGAAGUCCAGCGGCAAAGAAUAGAAGAGGAAGAGAGACAAAAAGAACUUGAAGAAAUAUAUAUGCUCCCAAGGAUGAGAAAUUGUGCAAAACAGAUCAGCUUUAAUGGCAGUGAAGGAAGGCGCAGUAGGAACAGAAGAUAUUCUGGGUCUGAUAGCGACUCCAUCUCAGAAAGAAAACAUCCCAAAAAACGUGGAAGACCACGAACUAUUCCUCGAGAGAAUAUUAAAGGAUUUAGUGAUGCAGAGAUUAGACGGUUUAUCAAGAGUUACAAGAAAUUCGGUGGCCCCCUUGAAAGGUUAGAUGCUAUAGCUAGAGAUGCUGAGCUGGUUGAUAAAUCUGAGACAGACCUUAGGUGCCUGGGGGAGCUUGUUCAUAAUGGAUGCAUUAAGGCUUUAAAGGACAAUUCUGGACCAGAAAGAGCAGGAGGUAGACUUGGGAAAGUUAAAGGCCCAACAUUCCGAAUAUCAGGAGUGCAAGUAAACGCAAAGCUGGUCAUCUCUCACGAAGAAGAGUUGGCACCAUUGCAUAAAUCCAUUCCUGCAGAUCCAGAAGAAAGGAAGAGAUACGUUGUCCCAUGCUACACCAAGGCAGCUCAUUUUGAUAUAGAUUGGGGUAAGGAAGAUGAUUCCAAUCUGUUAAUAGGCAUCUAUGAAUAUGGUUAUGGCAGCUGGGAAAUGAUAAAAAUGGAUCCUGAUCUCAGCUUGACACAGAAGAUUUUGCCUGAUGAUCCAGAUAAGAAACCCCAGGCCAAGCAAUUACAGACCCGUGCAGACUACCUUAUUAAAUUACUGAAUAAAGACCUUGCAAGAAAGGAAGCACAAAGACUUGCUGGGGUGGGCAAUUCAAAGAGGAGGAAAGCAAGAACUAAGAAGAACAAAGUGCUAAAGGCUGUGAAAGUAAAAGAAGAAAUAAAAAGUGACUCCUCUUCACCACCUUCAGAAAAAUAUGAUGACGAUGACGAGGAUAAUAAGGAUGAGAUUGUUUCAGUGAAACGUCCACUUAAAAAAAUAAAAGCAGAAAAAGAAAAUGAAGAAAAGCCUGAGCCAGAUAUUGGUAUAAAGAAGGAAGCUGAAGAAAAAAGAGAGACAAAAGAAAAGGAGAAUAAGAGGGAUUUGAAAAGGAAAAGGGAGAAAAAAGAGGAUAAGAAAGAAUUAAAAGAAAAAGAUAUUAAAGAAAAGAGAGAAAACAAAGUAAAAGAAUCCACACAGAAAGAAAAAGAAGUAAAGGAAGAGAAGGCAAAUGAAACCAAAUCUGAAAAUAAAGAAAAAACUAAAAAAGUUCCAUUGUCAGAUACUCCGGUUCAUAUUACAGCAAGUAGCCAGCCAGUUCCUAUAUCUGAGGAAUCUGAAGAACUUGAUCAGAAGACAUUCAGUGUGUGCAAAGAAAGAAUGAGGCCUGUCAAAGCAGCAUUGAAGCAGCUGGAUAGACCAGAGAAAGGCCUUUCUGAAAGGGAACAGCUGGAACAUACUAGACAGUGCCUAAUCAAAAUUGGGGAUCACAUUACUGAAUGUCUCAAGGAGUACACAAAUCCUGAACAGAUUAAACAGUGGAGGAAGAAUUUGUGGAUAUUUGUCUCUAAGUUUACGGAAUUUGAUGCCAGAAAGCUGCACAAACUGUAUAAACAUGCAAUCAAAAAACGCCAAGAAUCUCAGCAACACAAUGACCAGAAUAUUAGCAGCAAUGUGAAUACACAUGUGAUUAGAAAUCCAGGUAAGAAAUCUUAUAUUCUUGUGUUGGAGAUGUUGAAUAAGUUAUGUGCAAUGAAAUAA